GCACACAUAUAACACAGGGUCAAUGCUCCUCACAUGAACCAGAGCAUCGAAAGACUGUGAUCAUGCAGAAAGCUGUGUUUCUAGCUUUUACGCUAAUCCUGGGAUGGACCUGCAGCAGCCAGGCUCUGGUUCUCCCAGAACCUCUGUAUCCUACGCAGGAGAACUUUGACCUAACCAGGUUUUUAGGGACUUGGCAUGAUGUCGCUGUGGCCAAGACAUGCCUUCAUGAUUGCCCCACGAAGGACUCCGCAAUCGGCAAUCUGGUGCUGCAGAAAGGUUCCGCUGAGGAUAAACUGCAAAUGACCAGAACAGUACUCAAAAAUGGGACCUGUAAGCACAAAAGUGGAGUCUAUAAUCUAACUCCAACACCGGGACGUUUUCGUUUUGCAAAGUUGGACGCCGAAGUGGACGCCUACGUGGUGCACACUAACUACGAGGAAUACGCCCUCAUGGUAAUGAUGAAGGAGGGAUCAUCGGGCCAGAACUGCACCACAGUGAAGCUUUACAGUAGGACCAUGGACGUGAGGGACACGGUGCUGGAUGACUUUCGAACGCUGGUCGGAGAACAAGAGAUCAGCCACGACAACGUUGUCUUUAAACAUAACAAAGGUGACUGUGUUCCUGGUGAGCAGGUGGAAGAACCAAUUGUGGUCGAGAAGGUGAAGAGGGACGUAGAAUCAACUGACCCGCUGGAAGAAAUGGAAUUUGUCGGUUCUGGUGACGACACCCUCAUGUUCAACGGAUCAGAGGCGUGCAGUCUAGGAGUGGAGGCGGGGCCUUGUUUUGGUAUACACCAGCGCUACUUCUACAACUCCAGCGCCAUGAGCUGUCAGAUGUUCAACUAUGGAGGUUGUCUGGGCAACAAGAACAACUUCAAGAGCGAGAGGGAGUGUCUGCAGAGGUGCCGCACUGAAGCGGUGUGUCGUCUCCCCCUGACCGCCGUGGCGUGCUCGGGUGAGCCCCUCAACUGGUCUUUUGAUUCCAUGCUGGGCGAGUGUGUGCCUUACAAAGCAGGCUUCUGCCAGACCAACGGCAACAAGUUCUACAGCAAGGCCGAGUGUGAUGAGUACUGCGGCGUAAAAAAUGCAAUAGUCUUGGAAGACUAAGGGGAACAUCCAAAGCUUUUUGACAGUCAAAAUUCCAAACACCGACUGCAAUUUAUUUGUAGGGGAAAUGUCUUUGGAUAUUAUGCCAGAACACUUUGCAAAUAAAGAAAUGAAAUGUGAAAAUUAA